GCUCUCCACGGCUGUCCGCUGGCUCGGUGAGCGCGCGCGCGUCAGCAGUGAGGCAGCAGGUCGCUUCAGCUUCACUCACUGAGGCGACUUUUAGCUUUUAUAAAACUCCACAACGGCUCGUCAGAACCGGGCCAGAACCUUCCGGAUCAUCACUUCUCACUCAGAUCUCUCGUUUCUCAUCUUAUCAACUGCGUUUCCACGUCGAUGCCAUGCGUCAGGUCAGGUGACCUGUUCCCUGAGUCGUGACCUUUCACCCCCUGACCUCCUCCAUGUCAGGUGAGUCUGAGCUGAAGUCUUACCUGUCGGGGGGCGGGUCUGAAGAGGAGGAGGAGAGCGGGUCUCCCUGCGGCGCCAUGUCUCACCUGCACGAAAUGGGCGGAGCCUCGGAUGGGAGCGACAGCGGAAACGACCCGGCCGCUUCCCCGAGUUCCCGCCCACCGCUUCACGAAGACAUGGAGAUGGGCGGGAACGGCUCGAGCGGGAGCGGCACAGAAUCCCACGGCAACGAGUCACAUGGCAACGAGUCCCACGGCAACGAGUCCGUAGGAAGUUCGAGCGGCAACAGCAAAGACUCGGCUCUGUUAGAAUCAUCAGGCAGCAACAAGAGUUCGAACUCUCAGAGUCCGUCUCCCCCCAGCAGCUCCAACGCCUACAGCCUGGUGAGCUCAGAGCAGGACCACCCAUCCACCAGUGGCUGCAGCAGCGAGCAGUCAGCGAAGGCCAAAACUCAGAAGGAGCUCUUUAAGACCCUGAAGAAGCUGAAGCUUCACCUGCCUGCUGAGAAACGCAGCAAAGGUCGAGCGAGCACGUUACACACACUCCGUUACGCACUGCGCUGCGUCAAACAGGUCAAAGCUAAUGAGGAAUAUUAUCAGAUGUUGAUGAUAAACGACAACCAGCCGCCAGGUCUGGACGUUUCCUCGUACACCAUCGACGAGCUCAACAGCAUCACGUCUGAAUACACACUCAGAAACACAGAUAUCUUCGCCGUAGCCGUGUCCCUGAUCACGGGGAAGAUCGUGUACAUAUCGGAGCAGGCGGCGGCGAUCCUGCACUGCAGUAAGGACGAGUUUAAGGACAGGAAGUUUGUGGAGUUUCUGACGCCGCAGGACGUGAGUGUGUUCUACAGCUUCACCACUCCGUACAGACUGCCCUCAUGGAGCAUGUGCACCGGGGCGGAGUCGUCAGCUGCAGAUUUUGUUCAGGAGAAAUCUUUCUUCUGCAGAAUCAGCGGUGGGAAGGAGAAGGAAGGGGAUCUUCAGUAUUACCCCUUCAGGAUGACUCCGUAUCUGAUGAAGGUUCAGGACCCCGAACUGUCAGAGGAACAUUUCUGCUGCCUCAUACUGGCUGAGAGAGUGCACUCAGGAUACGAGGCACCCAGAAUCCCGCCAGACAAAAGGAUCUUCACUACGACACACACACCCAACUGUGUGUUCCAGGAUGUUGACGAGAGGGCGGUGCCUCUGUUGGGGUAUCUUCCACAGGACCUGAUUGGGACCCCCAUUCUUCUUCACCUUCAUCCUGAUGACAGACCACUGAUGCUGGCCGUCCAUCGCAAGAUUCUGCAGUACAUGGGUCAGCCGUUCGAUCACUCCUCCAUACGCUUCUGCACGCGGAACGGCGAGUAUGUUACCAUAGAUACCAGCUGGUCUAGUUUCGUCAACCCCUGGAGUCGCAAAGUGUCCUUCGUCAUCGGACGACACAAAGUGCGCAUGGGCCCUGUGAACGAGGAUGUGUUUUCAGCUCCUGCUUUCACAGAGGGGAAAAUCAUGGACUCGGACAUCCAGGAAAUCUCGGAGCAGAUCCAUAAAAUUCUGCUGCAGCCUGUGCACUGUAUGGGCUCCAGCGGUUACGGUAGUCAUGGCAGCAAUGGUUCCCAUGACCACCCAACCACAUCCAGUGAAAGCAAUAGCAAUGGCAACGUUGCCGUUGGCAGCAGCACCACCACCGGCCACGAGGAGAAGAACAAGAGCAAACCGAGGUCAUUCCAGGAGAUCUGUAAAGGUGUUCAGAUGCAGAAGACACAGGAUCAGCUGGCCUCCACUUCUAAAGCAGACCAGAAGACAGGAUUAAAGUAUCUAGGAACAAAGCAGAAAGACGCCGCCCAUGUGGUAAAAGGUGGUACUGCAACUGUGGAGGCGCUCAGGGACCAAACUUUAUACUCCUACCAGCAAAUCAGCUGUCUGGAUAGUGUGAUCAGAUAUUUGGAGAGCUGUAACACAUCCGUCACGCCGAAGAGGAAGUACCAGUUCUCCUCCAACACGACCUCCUCCAACUCAGACGAGGAGAGGAAAGGAUGUGACGGGGCGAUGCCCAGCCCACAAGAUCCUUUGAAGACCAAUAAAAAGUCUCCGUCUGACGUAGUGGGCGGGGCUUUGGCUCCUUUGGCCCUGCCCACUAAAGCAGAGAGUGUUGUAUCCAUCACGUCUCAGUGUUCAUACAGCAGCACUAUUGUACAUGUAGGGGACAAGAAACCCCAGCCGGAGUCAGAGAUCAUUGAGGAUGUCGCCGAAAGCCCCACCCCUCCUGCGCCAGUAAGCGUGAUGACUCCGCCCACAGCCGAGCAGGGAGCCUAUAGGAAACUGGGCCUGACCAAACAGGUGCUGGCGGCUCACACGCAGAAGGAAGAACAGGCGUUCCUGAGUCGCUGCAGAGACCUGCGUCUCACAUCACUGCAGAAAACCUGUACAGACCGCUCCGAGAGAGACGGGGGACACGCUAACGACGCGCCCUCUGCUGCUCCUCCAGCCAAACCCGGCACGUCCGGGGCAGAACCGACCGCUAAAAGGAGCAGUCGAACCAGAAAGUCAAAGAAACCCCGGAUAAGAAAACCCGAAUCCUCGGACAGCGCCGUCUCUCAGCACAGGCUCCGCCCACCCCUUCAGGGACUGAACCAGACGUCAUGGUCGCCAUCGGAGGCGUCUCAGUCUGCGUUCUCAGUGCCGUACCCUGCCAUGGUUCCCGGGUACAAUUUUUACCCCACUACACUGCCCCCUGCUGGCGACCGCGGGUCAGAUGCCGCAACCGCUCAGGCUCCGCCCACUGCUCCUCAGUUCCCAGCCCCGAUGGUCACACCGGUGGUGGCGUUUGUUUUACCCAGUUAUAUGUUCCCUCAGCUUGGCAUGCCGGCACGCCCACCUUUCUACCCGGAGCAGCAGCCGGGUGUCAGCACUCAGCAGCCGAACUACAACCCCCAGAAUCCCUUGCAACCUCAGCAAACACAGCCAAACUUCACUACCCAGCAGCCUUUGCAGCCUCAACAAGCCUACACCAUCCAGCAACCGUUUACACCCCAACACAUCUACGUUACCCAGAAUCCCUUUCAACCCCAAGCUCCAUUCACCCAGAUGCAGUUCACUCCACAGACACCGCUCCCGUACCAGAUGACCUCUGACCCCAGGCUUCCUGUUCCCGAAUCAGCUGAGGUCCCUUCCUCGUCUCCUCCGUCUCGCUCUCCGCCGCUGUUCGGCUCUCACUGCAGCUCUCCGUUACAGCUGGACCUGCUGCAGCUGGAGGACAAAGCGGAUUCGCACAGCACAGCGCCACCGUCAGGAUCCCGGGGGAACUGCAGCGUGGCGCAGGAGAAAAGCAGCAGCACCGCUACACAAGCAGUGGAGCCAUGUUGUGUUGAAGACGGACCUCCGAGUGACGCCCUCUCCUCGUCCAGUGAGCUGAUGGAGCUGCUGAUGCAGGAGGACUCGGGAUCGGCAACGUCCGCGUCCACAGGCUCCGCCUCCAACGGCUGCAACACCUCCAACAGCGGCACAGGGAGCAGUAAAUAUUUCGGGAGCGUGGAUUCUUCUGAGCACGAGCACAAGCAGAAGAGGAAAGAAGAUGGACAAAACUUCAAAUAUGUCCUCCAGGAUCCUCUGUGGCUGCUCAUGGCCGACACCGAUGAGAAGGUCAUGAUGACUUACCAGGUGCCGUCACGGGACAUGGAGAAGGUGUUGCGGGAGGAUCGGGAGCGUUUGCGGCAGCUGCAGAAGAAUCAGCCACGUUUCACUUCAGAUCAGAGGCGAGAGCUCAUAGAGCAGCACCCGUGGAUGAGACGAGGGGGUUUACCUAAAGCCAUCAGCGUCAAGGAGUGUCUUUACUGCGAGAACGACGCCGGCGCUCUGUUAGAAGACGAACUGCCUGAAAUGGACCUCGGCAUUCUGGGAGGAGAGGUGGUACCAGAAGAGGGCGUGUCUCACGUACAGGAAGAGGAGGAGCAUCGAGGCUUAGACUGUGUUUCGUAGCAACUCCCAAAAAAACGUAAAAACGUAGCAUGCUUUCAGACAAUGGGAUCUUCCAGCUCAACACACACACACACACUAUCUAGACUUUUUUUUUAAUGCCAGAUAACCUCAUUUUACCUUUACCUGUGUGUGUGUGUGUGUGUGUGUGUGUGUGUGUGUCACACUCCUGAACUUGCAGAUCAGAUCAUUAACACUAGCACACUGUGAUACGAGGAGUGAAAACAGUUUUGUCAGAAAUGCUGUGACAUAAAACAAUAGAAUUAAAUGUAAUUUUUUUAAUAAAUGUGAAGAGGAUUUGAGUAAAAUGGUGCAGACUGUAUAAACUAUAAGCUGUGUUUAUUAUUCACACCACAAAACUCCCACAUUUACACACAGGACCAGGAAAUACUUUCUCAUUUUUCAAACAAAACUAUGAUGAAUAAAGUCUUCUGGUUAUCUUUAGUUAACGUUAAUCAUUUUAUUUAUGUAACUUUAUAACUUACUGUUUUGCUAUUUUUCGUCUGGUUUAGGUCUUUAUUUUUUCGUCAUGUUUUUUUAUUACAUAUUCCUCGAGUAUUUUUGUUGGUAUUUUUUAUAUUUGUGUUUAUUGUUAGCUUCAUUCGGGGACUAAGUUAGUCUGUUUAUUUAUUUAAACUCUGUGCUGCUAUUGGCGACUCGCUGGUUGUGUUGAUGGAGCUGACGAUCGUUUCUGUUACUUCCUGUGUGUUUUGUGGUGUAAAGGAUGAAUAAUAAACGACAGAGCGUGAUCUCUGCACUGUUUUAUUCAAGUCACGUGACUGUUUAUUAUUUGUUUUGCUAAUUCGGGUUUAUUUUCGUCUGAAAUGUGUGCGGAGAACAACCAUCAGAACCUCUUACGCCACUGUGAACAGUUUUCUUCUUCGUUUCUUACUUGAAUCAAAAAUGAGAUAUUUUUACAAAGUAGAUGUAGUUUUAGUUUGAUUAUUGUAACCUGUGAGUAAUGUGUGAAGUACAGAAGAUGUGUCCCUGUAGGGUCUGUGUGUGUGUGUGUGUGUGUGUGUUUAUAUACUCUACACACUGAUAGAUAAACACACUCCAGUUACAGCUCUCUACAUGGAGACAAACAGCUAAAAUCAGCCAAUCAGCUUCCAGCUCCACAGAAAGCACUUAGUGUUUUUCAGCUGUCUGUUUUUAAACUCGUCUCCAGACCUAAAACCUCCUCUUGCCACUCUGAAGCUGAUUAUUUUCCUCUAACAGCACGUCCCUCAAGUGUUUUAUUCCUCUUACACCACAGCAAAAUACCAACAACAAUUUUUUUUAUUUACUAAAGAACGUCAUACUUUUUAUCUGUUUAUAGUUACAUUUAAUCUUGUGGAACAUCCACAUUCUCACUUACGUUAUAGCAGCUAUAAACACUGGUUCCCUCACCAGCUUCUCUUUAUUCUCUCAACAAAAAAAAAACGCAGCUUGUUACGCGUGUUCCCGAGAAACCGCAAAGAAGCGUAAACUCCUCUGUCCUGAAGAUGUCGGAAAACUUAUAGUUACAGCUUUACCUCUGACUGUUACAAACCGCUGACACUGGAGACUCCUUCCAUAAACGUUACAGAAAACUUCCACAUUUUUAACCCGUUUAUUAUCAGUGGAGCGUCGCUGUACACGCCUCUGUGAAUGAUCUGUUACUAUGGAAACGAUAAUGUAUUAGAACGAGCGCAUUAAUAUAAACCUGCACUACUGUCAGAGCUGCUGUUAUAGAAAACUAAUCAACACCUUCUGACCAAUCACAAUCCAAACAUAGGACAAACAGCUAUAUCAACAUGCUAGCUAGCAAAAUUGUCAGAUUGCAAUGCAUUCUGGGUAAAUUGUCUCAAAUCGCAAACUUUCGUACUUUGUUUACUCUGAGAAACACGAGCAAAUGUCGUGCAGUAAGAAAACUAAAUGAAGCGUGGAAACUUUCUGCACUCACCUGUUCCAUCAUGAACACAAAGGGCGGGGCUUAGAAGAUAACGGACAGCACUGCCAUGGCAACCGGUGACAGCAGGAGAGUUUCAUGUGUGCUUCUUUGUUCAGACUUUAACUGUUAACUGUAGCUGUUAGCAACACGCUAAUGUCAGCUAGCACUGAAAUCAGUCUGCCAUUACGGCCGAGGCGUAAAUGGACCAAAUGGACAUCUCUCUCUUUUUACGACUGUUUCAUGUCUCUGUGCUCGCGGUGAAACGGAGACUGUCGCUGUUACACACUUUAUUUUCACUCUGGAGUUCUGUUGCAGUUUGUUUUAUAAAAUGAGUAAUAAACUGGGAAAGUGAACAUGAAAACC